ACAACAAACGUUGAGCAGAACGUUUCAAAGCAUCACCUUUCACGGUAGUAGCUCGUUUGUGAACUGUUUUACCGCUUGAAAAAAAAAUAAAGAUGAAAGUUUUAGUAGUGUUCGUCGCCAUUUCGAUAGUCACUGUAUUUGCCGACACCAAGAUUCUGAAAUUCGAGAACGUCCGAGAUAGUGAGGGAACGUACAAGUUUGCUUAUGAAGCAGAUGAUGGAAGCUCCCGAGUGGAACAGGGUGACCAGAAAGGUGAAGAUUUCACCGUGCAGGGAAACUUUAAGUUCGUGGCCGAUGACGGCCAGGAGUACAAGGUCAAGUAUGUUUCAGACGGAAACAACGGUUUCCGUGCCGAAGGAGACCACAUCCCGAAUGAGUAUGUCGACAAACUGUCUAGUCUUUGAGCAAGAGUGAAGAAUGUUUAUGAAACAAAUGACGUGAUAGUUUUUUUUAACUUAAAUUAAAUCAUAACAUUUCCAUCAACAUACAAGUGAUCCCAAAUUGGAAUCGGAUUUCAAUUAUCAUCUUUUGCGUAUUAUAAGUGAUAGUUUUUCCAGAAAUAAAUAGACUUCAU